UUCCACGACAGCUGGAAGCCGAGCGGUACAGGCGCAUCGUUUCUUUGCUAAAAUAAUUUGAAAAUAACAGACUUCUGCUCAUCUCAGCUCCUCCACAUAAACCCUGGUCUGGCAUGGGCGACAAGAGGAGCCCCACAAGGCCGAAGCGUCAACCGAAGCCCUCCGACGAGGGGUUUUGGGACUGCAGCGUGUGCACGUACAAGAACACAGCAGAGGCUUUUAAGUGCAUGAUGUGUGAUGUCAGGAAGGGGACAUCAACAAGGAAGCCUCGUCCAGUCUCUCAGCUCGUCUCUCAGCAGCAGGUCACGCAGCAGUUUGUGUUGCCGUCGCAGCCCAAGAAAGAAAAGAAGGAGCGAGUUGAGAGGGACAAGACCGACAGGGAGCCGGCGCUCAAGAAGAACGGUCACAAGAAAAUGAGGCCCAGAUUAAAAAACAUUGACCGGAGCAGCGCCCAGCACCUGGAGGUGACAGUUGGGGACCUGACAGUCAUCAUAACGGACUUUAAGGAGAAGGUCAAACCGUCGUCCACCUCGGCCACUUCCUCCAGUUCCGCCUCAUCAGCUGACCUCCACAGCCAGAACGGCUCCAGCUCAGAAAACACAGAGAAGGGCCUGUCCCGCUCCUCCUCGCCUCGAGGAGAGGGGAGCUCAGUCAACGGGGAAUCUCACUGAGUCGGCCCCUCAAAACCCCACCUCCCGGCCUCCACCCACAUGUCAACUAUAGGUCACAAGUACAGCAUCCUGUGUUUCUUGUAAAGCUGCACAAUCAUCAGAAAACCUGGUCCUUUCUUUUUUGUUGCUUUUGUUUUUGAGGUUUUGAAAGUUACUAACGUGAUUUGACACACUGAGUCAAUUAAAGAGUCCCCUGAAAACUAUACAAAACACCUUUUUGCUGGGCGUUUUUAGCCCAUUUAUAUUUUAAAUGGGAUGUUUUGUGUAAUCAGAAGGAUGCCACACUGGCAAAACCUGCUGCUAGAAUAUUUACUCUCAAACAGUUUGAAUAUUAUGAGGAGCUUUUUCAGAACUGACCUGAGAAAUAUGUCUAAUUAAAGUUUUGGACAAGGUGCUGGAUCCCUGUGUUUCACGAUCGUCAUCCACCUUUUUUCUUUUUUCCUCCUCUACAAUAUGUUUAUUAAAAGAAAUGUGCAGCGCCCCCCUUGCUCUCAUCAUUGGCCGGCAGAGUGACCUCUUCUUCCUUCCCUGUGUGGAAUUUUCUGCCUCCGUCUGGAAUCGUUAUCGACCCGUUAAGACCUGAACCCUCAGUGUCCACGUACUAAGCAGUCACUCCUGAUCUUGAAACUUAUUCAAAGAAUUUCCUCUUGGACUGCGUAUGCUGCGGAGUGGAGCUUUUUUUUUUUUUUUUAGACAGCAUAGUGACUGUACUCUUGGCACCAUGUGGUGGAUUUAAUAUUUUCAGCAGGUUUGAUAGUGAAAGUAUGAUUGUUAUGAUUGAAGAUGAAAAGGCACAGUAUGAUUUAAAAGGUAAAUCCUGUUGUCAUUGUGUUGAACUUUGUGUUCAUUUGCUUGUUUUUUUUUUUAUCUCUGUCAUCCAUUUUGUGCUGUUAUUACCAUUCUGAACUCAUUUUUUAAUGUCAUUGUAAAACUAUUACCUGCCUCUUAAAACACUCAUAGACCAGCUAUACAUCUCCCAUGACAGUGGAGGACUGAUGCUAGUGAUUGUAGACCAAAUUAACAGUAGGAUACAGCUAAGAAAUGCUAAUGCUGCUCAGAACGCAAGAAACACCACUCUUUAGCCACAUUUGAGCACCCCCAAAGCUGUACCUCCUCAAGCCGGCUGUGUCUGAGCAAGAAAGAAGCACUUAAACGCACCACAAAGGCAACAGCCUAGAUCCUGGAUAGAUUUUAAACAAGUAUGCAAAAAAAUCAUUUGCAUCUUGGAUGAUUAAAGUCAGACUAUUAAUUAAAUGUUUAGCCUCCCAGCUCUGUUAGGCCUGUUUUAAUGUGUUAUAAUGCUGAAAAACCGGUUUCAGUUUAUGUUAACACAUUAAAUGGAUUGUUCUGUGGGACACAGCUAGCAAGAAGUGCUCAUGCUUUUCCACUUAAGUCUAAAAUCUCAAAUUUGGGUGAAUUAGUAGUAACAUAUGAAAAAUGUCUAUUCUGGUGGCUGCUCUUGUCUCUAAUGAGCAGGUAUGAGCUGCAGUGUUGUGUUUGUGUACCUUAAGUAAAUCAGUGAGACAGCAGGAUGUGUUACAAGAACAGCACACACUGUGUCUUUAUCACGCACCACCUUUCCUGACAUUGUUACAGUCCAUGUCAGCUCCUUAAUAGCAAUGGUACAGCCUAAUGUCAUCUGUUAGUGAGGUGAACUUACUGUUAAGACACAUCUAACAGAUUACAGAUUAAACAUUUGGUGAACUCUAUAUUUGACUAACAGAUUUGUAAACUUACAGAUGAGCAAUAUCAUGUCACUUGUGUGUUUUUAUUUUCUUAUAUGUCCUCACUUUAAGUCAGGUUUAGCAGUAGCUGUAAAUGACACCAGAACGCUCCUUUUUAAUCUUUCUGUGCUGCACAAACAGGGCUGCACUUGUUUCAAGUGCCAAUGGAGAAGCACAGGAAGCCGAUUCUGCCCUCCCUUUGGAUACAUAACGGGAAAGAGUCGACUUCUGGACGUGAACUUUAAUGAGCUGUGUGUGAUGGACUUCAAUAAUUGACGUAGCAACAUGGCAGAGGAUAUUAAACUCCCAGCAGAACAACCAUAGAUCAACCUUACUACACAACUACUUAUAAAACCUGUAGAAUAAUUAAAGAGAAAAUAGAUAUUUCUAAAAUAUUGUACUACAAUGUUUCAACGUGGUUGUAUUAUUCAUCAUAUCAGUGUUGUUGAGAUUUUUACUUCACAUUUUAGCACACAUCCUGAAAUCUGUCAUGGCAUGAUUAUAUUAAAGUCUUGAUAUAUUGUGGGA